AUGCCUCGCAAAGCCGCUGCCGCUGCCACUGAGGGUGACGCACCCGAGCCCCGCCGCUCCUCGCGCAUCAAGGACCAGCCAAAGGUCGAGGCUCCCGCGCCGAAGAAGGCUCCGGCGAAGCCCAAGUCCACCAAGAAGGCCAAAGACGCCGAGGGCUCUGGCGAGGAGGCUGCUGCCGAGAAGCCGAAGAGUACCAAGGGUAAGAAGCGCCCUGCUGAGGAUGACGGCGAGGCAAACGGCGAGCCGCCGGCCAAGAAGGCUAAGCCCGAGAGCAAGAAGCCUGCGUCCAAGGCUACCAAGCCUGCAUCGAAGGCCACCAAGCCCGCAAGCAAGGCGGCAAAGCCCGCGAGCACGAAGCCGGCCAGCAAGGCGAAGCCUGCAUCGAAGGCGGCCGCAGAUAAGCCUGCCUCCAAGGCAUCUCGCGCAGGUUCUCAGAAGCCUGCAUCCAAGGCGAGCCAAAAGCCGGCGUCGAAGGCUAGCCAGAAGCCGUCCUCGAAGGCCGCUGCUGCCAAGGCCGACGAUGCUGUCGCCGUUGCUCCUGCUGAGGAGACUAUCGCUGAGGAGGCGGAGCCAGCAGAAGAGACCGCCGCUCCAAUGGAGACCGAGGCAACUGCCUAA